UACGAGUGCAAGUGGCCAUUCCAAAAAAAAUUUUCAGAUUUACAGCAACGGUGAAUUUUGUUAAAAGGAAAAACCGCAAAGGAGUGAAGAGGAACAACCAAAAGGCCGAAAAACCAAAAUUCGAAUUGGAAGUGAAGGGUGUGACAGACGCACGCACACAUAAAACGGCAUACGCACACGCACAGAAACACCGGCUAAAAGGUAGACGAGACAAGGGAGCGAGUGCAAAAUAGAAAACGCGAAAACAGGAUAACCUAACUACUAAUACUAUAAAACAAGCGGCGAAGUGACAUCUUAAAAAACAACAACAACAACUAAGGCAGCGCAGCGAAGAGCGAAAAGCGAGAAAAGGCAGCAGCCGAAGAGAGCAGCGAAGGAGCAGCGCAAAGAAAAUUUUUUUUAAAAACAAACGAAGCCGGUGUCCGGAAAACAGCCCCAAGAUUGCUCCCAUAAGCACCAUGAACGGCCAGGGCUGCGAGCUGGGCCACAGCAAUGGGGACAUCAUCUCACAGAAUCAACAGAAGGGUUGGUGGACCAUUGGUGUGAUUAAUGGUCAGCACAAGUACAUGACCGCUGAGACCUUUGGGUUUAAGCUUAAUGCCAAUGGCGCCAGUCUGAAGAAGAAGCAGCUGUGGACGCUGGAACCUUCGAACACCGGUGAAAGUAUUAUAUACUUACGAUCUCAUCUGAACAAGUACCUUUCGGUCGAUCAGUUUGGCAACGUGCUCUGCGAGAGCGACGAACGGGAUGCUGGCAGCCGCUUCCAGAUCAGCAUCAGCGAGGACGGCAGCGGCCGUUGGGCGCUGAAGAACGAGUCGCGUGGCUAUUUCCUGGGCGGUACGCCCGACAAGCUCGUCUGCACUGCCAAGACGCCCGGCGCCAGUGAGUUUUGGACCGUACAUUUGGCCGCUCGGCCACAGGUUAAUUUGCGUUCCAUUGGACGCAAGCGGUUUGCCCAUCUGUCCGAGUCGCAGGACGAGAUCCAUGUGGAUGCCAAUAUACCAUGGGGCGAGGAUACACUUUUUACUCUUGAAUUUCGUGCCGAGGAGGGCGGACGUUAUGCCCUGCACACGUGCAACAACAAAUAUCUGAACGCCAAUGGAAAACUGCAGGUGGUGUGCAACGAGGAUUGCCUGUUUAGCGCCGAAUAUCAUGGCGGUCAUUUGGCGCUGCGCGAUCGCCAGGGUCAGUACUUGUCGCCAAUUGGAUCGAAGGCGGUGCUCAAGUCACGCUCCUCGACUGUGACCCGUGAUGAGCUCUUCUCUCUGGAGGAUUCACUGCCGCAGGCCUCCUUUAUUGCCGGCUUAAAUUUGCGGUACGUGAGCGUUAAGCAGGGCGUCGAUGUGACGGCCAACCAGGAUGAGGUCGGCGAGAAUGAGACAUUCCAGCUGGAGUACGAUUGGUCGGCACAUCGUUGGGCCCUGCGCACCACCCAGGAUCGUUAUUGGUGCCUUUCGGCCGGCGGUGGCAUCCAGGCCACUGGUAAUCGGCGCUGUGCCGAUGCUCUCUUUGAAUUGAUCUGGCACGGCGAUGGAUCGCUCUCGUUCCGGGCCAACAAUGGCAAGUUUUUGGCCACCAAGCGUUCCGGCCAUCUGUUUGCAACCUCUGAGUCCAUUGAGGAAAUUGCCAAGUUCUAUUUUUACUUGAUUAAUCGACCCAUUCUUGUGCUGAAGUGUGAGCAAGGAUUCGUGGGAUAUCGCACGCCCGGUAACCUUAAGCUGGAGUGCAACAAGGCCACCUAUGAGACCAUAUUGGUGGAGCGCGCCCAGAAGGGUCUUGUGCAUUUGAAGGCGCACAGCGGCAAGUACUGGCGCAUUGAGGGCGAGAGCAUCUCGGUGGAUGCCGAUGCGCCCAGCGAUGGAUUCUUCCUGGAGUUGCGUGAGCCAACCAGGAUCUGCAUAAGAUCGCAGCAGGGCAAGUAUCUCGGCGCCACUAAGAAUGGAGCCUUCAAGCUGCUGGACGACGGCACCGACUCGGCCACCCAGUGGGAGUUCUAGGGCGUUCAACUUUACACCACCACCCUCCACCACUCACCACCACCAUAUUCCGGUCAUCAGUAUCACAAGUUCCCCCAUUUCCAAGCCCAAAGUCUCGAUGAGAAGCUGCAGAGAAAGUCGCACAAGAAGAAUUUGAUCCUGAACGACGGAGAGAGAGAGAGAGAGCGAUCAAGGACGACAACGGGUGGAUGGAGAUAAAAUUUAAAAAACAAAACAACAACACAUAUUUAUAUUUAUAUAUAUUCAUUAAAUAUAUAUAAAUAAAGAUUACGAUAAAGGUCUAUAUCGUAUACAUAUAGAGAAAGGGAGAUUUUUUUAAACACACAACCAACCUAAUUAGCUUUUUAUACGUUUUUAUAUACGAAGAAAAGGGAGAAAAAGAAUAUAUUGAAAUACAGAACUUUUGUCGCAAGCGA